CAACUGGUCGAACUCCGCCGGCGACUUUUCAUGGUUAACACAGAUGUAACUUGCAUUGGGAGCGUUUACCUCCAAGGAUUACAUUACAUCCAAAAACGAUUGAGCAGGAGUUGUUCAUUCAUCAUCCAACCAGGGAGCUGAACAUCUGCACACCUGUGAGCAGCAGUAUGAUUCAGACAGGAGUCAUUCUGAGACAGGACACUGAGACAACACUACCAGAGCUCACUGAGCAGCACAGGAUCAGACUGAAAGAAGAGGAACUCGGUCAACUGGUCCACAUGGCAGAGUCAGAGACGUGUGCUGCAGCAGGAAUCAACACUCUGGAGCCAGUGUGUGUUACAUUACACAGAGGGGUCAGUGAUGUACACCAUACACACACAUCACUGAUUAAAACAGAAACUGAUCUGGGCUUCACCCACCCUGGGGACCUUAUUAAGAAAGAGACACUAGACAGUGCAGAGCUGGGAUAUGUAACCCAUCUGCAUCCUGACCAAAUCAAAACCGAGACUGGUAAUGGAGGAUACCUUAAGGCAGAACACAUCAGUGACUUGGAGAAUAUUAAAUGCGUUCAUUUGAAAUCUGAUGUAUUGAAGUGUGAAUCCAGUGAAACUUUAGUGAGUGAUCUCAUGAAUACUAUGAUUAAUGGAGCUACAGUUGAUCACAAAGACCAGACUGAACCAUCGCAAUGUGCAGGAGAGGCAGAUCCAAACUGUAAAAAGGAAGAAAUACACAAUCCACUGACCCAAUGUGGGGACUUAAAUCACCACUGUCACAUAAACGGUGAGAACAGUCUUACCAGAAUUCUGCAGAAAAGUAGAAAUGGCAGCAACAAGCAUAUUCAUUUCCAGGGAACAAAUGAGAAAACUGAACCUAUGACAACCAAUUCAAGUAUAAUUGCCUUUCAGAAGGAGGCAAUUAAUACAAGUAAACGUAGAUUUAACACAAAUGAAAAGCUAUACAAAUGUACAUGGUGUGCGAAGUGUUUUAAUUUCAAAUCUCAAUUAAAUGGACAUCUGAAUAUUCACACAGGUGAAAAACCACACAAAUGUACUCAUUGUGGGAAGUGCUUUUCCACAAAAGGUUAUUUAAAUAUCCACCAGAGAACUCAUACAGGUGAGAAGCCCUACAAUUGUACUCUGUGUGGAAAGGGAUUUUCCACAAAAAGUAAUUUAAAUAUCCACCAGAGUACUCAUACAUGUGAGAGGCCCUACAAUUGUACUCUGUGUGGGAAGUGCUUUUCCAGAAAAGGUUAUUUAACUAUCCACCAGAGUACUCAUACAGGUGAAAAGCCCUACAAUUGUAUUGUUUGUGGAAAGUACUUUUCCACACUGAGUAAUUUAAAUAUCCACCAGAGUACUCAUACAGGUGAGAAGCCCUACAAUUGUAUUCUUUGUGGAAAGUACUUUUCCACAAAAGCUUAUUUAAAUACCCACCAGAAAACUCAUACAGGUGAGAAGCCCUUCAAUUGUACUUUGUGUAAAAAGAGCUUUUCCAGUAAAUGGCUUUUUAAUCGGCACCUGGAAAUGAAUACAGGCAAAAAUGCUUACAAAUGUUCUUCGUGUGGGAAGUGCUUUUCCAUAAUAUGUCAGUUAAAUAUCCACCAGAGAACUCAUACAGUUGAGAAGCCCUACAAAUGUACUUUGUGUGAAAAGUGCUUUUCCUGUAAAUGGCUUUUAAAUCGUCACCAGAAAAUUCAUACAGGCAAGAAUGCUGAUAAAUGUUCUUUGUGUGGGAAGUGCUUUUCCAGAAUAUCUCAUGCAAAUUGCCUCAAAAUGAUUCAUGCAGGUCUUUAACAUAAGAUAUGUAUACUCCUGACAAUUCAACCAGAUUAGUUUUGGUUGGGAGAUGUUUUUCUUGGGUACACAAACAAAAUCAUAUUCAUUUGUACCAACAAAUCAAUCCAAGGGAAAAUCCCUACACAGUGUGAAAAGUGCUUUUUCAAAGCAUGAAAUCACCAGGGGCCUCAUUUCUGGAACUAAAUGUUUGUGUACGUACCAAUGAGGAAAUGUACGUACGACAACAAAUACUCAAAUACAACAAAAUAUUGCGUAUGCCUGCCACUGCACAAUUUCCUUUUAUAUAUCCCGAAUCAAUUUGGAAUUCUCUGUACAUACACAAUGUACAUGAUAAGCGUAGAAAUGCCCUUGAUAAUCCCUAUGUAGGCUAUGUCUUUGAAUGGCAAUGUCAGAGUGUAAAGCUAAGAAGAUGCAUGUUGAAAGAUAAAUAAGGAAAAUAAUUUGGACAUUGAUCGAAUUGAUUUACAAAAGCAAAUUUAUCCUCCUUUAAACAUUUAAACGGUUAAGCAAACUGAGCUGUGAACGUUUACUGAAAAUUGCUAACCGAAAAUUCUUUCUGAAGCUGAAACUAUAUAACAAUAUUGCAAUACCCUGUUUGGAUUCUAAACUAGCAAUCAAUCUGGCCAUUUCAGGGGGUUUCAGGGAAUUGAAUGCUACAGUAUCAUACUUAUCAAAUUUCUGAGUGUUUUAAAUAUGUAACUAAUGGCUUAUUGUAUGGUGCUUUUUUCAUCCGUGUUCAUUCGUUGACACGCAAAUUCAAACUACCGGCAAACUGAAUAUAGCUUUCCACUAUGCGGUAUCUACUUAAAAAAUAAAUAAAGUAAUACAUUUUCAUUAGGUUAUUUAUCCAUUGCAUAUUGAAAGCAAAAAUUCUUUAUUUUUUUCUAUUUUCUUUAUUUCACUACUUUGCCUGCAGAGUUGCUAUUUCUUAUAAUCCCAAUCCCAAAUGCUAUCAUGACCUACCCACCAUGUACUCUGGUUUGAAGUCUGCUGUUGCUCAACUGAUGGCAGCCACCAAGUGACUAAUGAUGCAAAGCCUGCGGUGCUAGUUCCGCAGACAGCUCGAGAAGUUCAACCCCCCUCACGCGAUGCUUACGUCUAAUGGGAGGGGCUAUAUAAAGCACCAGCCUUACCUGCUUAAGCCCUUUUUCAUUUUGCACGCUCUGCCAUGCUCUGCUGCCAGCGAGCUGCUGCUGCAUCUGCCCUGAUGCAAUCAUACAAAGCUGCCCUGCUGCCUGGUUCAUUCUGCACUCUAAAGCCAUUGCACUGCCUGGCUCUUUCUGCUGCACUGCUUGCUCUGGAAUGCUGCCCUUGCUCAUAUUGCAUACUAUUGCCACGUUCACUCGCUGCUUUUGCUGGAAUUAUCCUGGUCUUCCUAAUUCAUGCCGUCAAAAUUGUUGCGCUCCCACCACCACCCCCGCGUCCACCAGUGAGCUCUGCUUCUCAAGAUCCCCAUGAGGGGGGGUUUGUAGCCACUCCUUGUUUCAUCAGGCUUUACAACAGGGAGUGAUGAGAGGCAGAGCCGACGGCAAAGUUUGCAUUUACAUUAUACCUCAAUAAUAUUGCCUAAUUCAUCAUUUUGGUUUUCUGACUUCAGAUGUAAAUAAGUGUCUUUCCUAUAACAUGUUAAAGAAUGCGAGUUCAUGCAUUUCCAAAUUAAGGUUUAGGACAAAAUAAUUUUCAUAUUUAUUUAUUUUGGACCUUGUUUGUAAAUGUUCUGAUCCUUUUGUCUAUUGCACAUUUUUGUCUUAAGAUCUGAAACUAUAUUGUGUGUCAAGCAGUAAUGGAGGAAAUGAGGAAGGGAACAAAUAAUUUUUCAUUGCACUGUAUAUUGUGAAUGUGCACAUGCAAAAGGAGUUCAUCCUAUAUACAUGUCUUUAUGAACUAUAUGUGUUACUGCUUUCUACUUUACUACUCAUUUGUAAAUGCUGUU